UAAUACUAUACGAUCAUGUCUGUCAUGUCUUACGUGCCUACUUUUAAUGUCUUCUGCUUCUCCAUUGACAGAGACCUCCCCCACUCUCCACCCUCUAUUUUUUUCAGUACUGUCAUGACACAGUACGAUAGACCAGAAGAGGAAACAGAAGUUGUUCCUCUCCCUACAGAGAUGGUUGGUGGUUGCCUGAGCUGCCUCUUCACAUACAUUUUUGUGCUACUUCUCGGGGUCUGCUUUUAUGAUGUGGAGGCUUCCAGUUGUCAACGUGUCAUCCAGAAGAAAGUUGGAGACACCGUGGAGUUGUCAUCCUGCUUACCAACUGAAGGGGUCAUAAUGGCACGCUGGAAAUAUGGAUCGUCAUUAAUUGCACAAAAAGAUGGAAAACUUGAUGAAAACCUUCAGUUCAAAGGCAGAUUAGACUUUAACCCCUCAACCUUCAGUUUAACAGUGAGAGAACUGACUCGACAAGAUUCUGGUGAUUACCAUUUUGUCUCUGCGGUGACUGGCAAACAGAGGGGAACAGUCACCAUCACUCUGAAAGUUCAUGAGCCCAUUACUAAAGAGCCCGUCGUCUUUUUCAAUUCCACCUGGCACCCCUCAAAUGAAUCCUGUACGGCUUUGCUGAAGUGCAGUGCACCCACUGAAAGCAAUGUCACCUACAACUGGACGGUGGGGAACCAAACUAUAACUGGCUCCAGCCUGGAAUACAGCAUGCGACCUCAGGACGGAGAAACCAAAUUCACCUGCACUAUUUCCAACAUUGUCAGUGAGAUGUCAGCAUCCAAAACCGAGAGUUGCAGUAACAAUACAGCUGAGUCGUCUAAACCAGAAUGGAAAUUUAUCAUUCUUCCGAGUGCGGUGGCAGGAGGAGGUUGUAUGGUGCUAAUCAUAAUAGUUGGAGUAGCUGUGUGUGUUUGUCACCGCAAACGAAGCCAAGCAGCUAUUGACUCAAAUGACCUCACCGUCUACGCUGAUAUCACUGAUGUUGCAACUGAGGAUGGCACUACCAUGAAGCCAUGCACGCUGUAUGAAACCAUCGAUAACAGAGGCGAAACAGUCACAAGUGGGCCCCAGACCGUGUACGACAAGAUCCAGUUUAAUCGGGCAAGGAAGGCCUCGGUGUCACCCUAUCAGGAAGUGUCCUGAGGGAUCACAGCAUGAUGUAUAGAUGAGUUUCCUUUGAGUAAAAAGGUGUACCAAGAUACUUUGCCCUGAGCAAUAUUGAGAAAAUAUUAAUAUAAUGAAGAAAAGGCAUAAAACAAGUUUAAAAAAAAAAGACUUUUGUACAUGAUUUUGUAAAUUUUCUAUCUUGAACCCUGACAGACUAAAACACAACUUACGCUACAUGCUUCAGUUUUAUUAACAGAGUUGUAAAUUCUGUACAUACAGAGAUUAUGUUUUUAUUUGUACUGUACUAUGCAAAUCUUUUGUGCAUGUUCCUUCUGAGGCCUGCCAAGUGACUGUCUCGGCCUGUGCAAAGCCGGUCAUAUUAAAUUACAUUUAUUGUCAUUACUGUCACUCUGUAUUUUAUUUUGCAAGCAUUUUGUUUUAUCUAAAGGUUUUUUGAAAAUUAAUUGAAAUUGCUAUUAAUUUAACAACUAUGCUUUAUAUGAAUAUAUUAAGCUAUUUGUGAUCAUUUUUGCAUGGUCAUUUGUCACAGGUGAAAGGUUAAACAUUGCAACUGCCAUAUGUAACUGUCAAGUCACCUGUAACAGUACUGGUUUGGUAAAAAACAUUUAAUUAAAUUCAUAUUAUUGUUAA